AUGUCCAAAGUAUCACUCCAGGAACGCUACAACAAGUUCAGCAAGGCGGCCAAGUACAACCUGAACUCGGAGGAGCUGUUUUGCGUGUGUCGGCGCGUGGACGACGGCGAGCUGAUGGUGGCCUGCGAUGGCUGCGACGAGUGGUUCCAUUUUUCGUGCAUGAAGCUCGAUCCCAAAUAUAAGGACCUAGUGAGCAAUUUUUAUUGCAUUUUUUGCGACGAGCUGCUGCACAAGGGCUCUACGCUAUGGAAGAAGAAGUGUCGGCUGGCUGGCUGCUAUAAGCCGGUCCGCAUCGACGCAGACUCGCAGAAAGCGUCUAAAUAUUGCAGCGACGAGCACGGCGUCGAAUUCAUGCGCAACGAGCUGCUGAAGAGGUUCAGCGGCUCCAGCAAGGAGUGCCGGCUGCGCGAGCCGGAGAUUGCGAGCGUGGUGUGUGGAGUGGCCGACUUAGACGAGUUCCGCGUGCUAGGAGACAGCAUGCCCGUGUACGAGGGCAUGGACGUUGAUAUGCCGGAGGAGCUGGCACAGCGUGUGGCGCAGCUGGACGCGGAGCUUGCCGAGCUGCGCCGCGCUGAGGCGCUGUACACCUCGAAGGAAAAGUACCUGCUGAAGCUGCGGGACAAGAUCCGCCUGGUGAACGAGGUGCUGGCCGAGACGGAGCCAGAGCCGGCGAAAAAGGGAAAAAAGCCCAAAAUCGACGUGUGCGGCUACGACGCGACGCUGGUGCUGGACGACGAGCAGUGGCGCGCGUACGAGGCGAGCGAGGAGUGCCAAAAGACGCUGCGGCUGGCGUGCUGGGCCGAUCUGGACGCAACACCAGAACAGGCCCGGGAGGCGUACCACGCGCAGCAGCGGUUUGCCGGGCUGUGCAUGGCCGACCGCAAGAAGUGUGUGCGGCACCUGACGUGGUACAGCAUCCAGUACGACACGGUGAUGUUGAGAUUGAACGAGGUGCUAUAUAGGGUGGCGCAGCUCGAGCGCGCGAAAGAGCGCGUGGCGCAGGAGUGGCGCAGCCAGCUUCUCGAGCGAUAA